AUGGUUAAUGGAGAUUUUAAGAUCCUUUGUCCAGCUGAAACCUCCAAUGCUAUUAUUGUUUGCUCGACAAGAGGAAUGAGGAUGUUUGGUGAUUGCCUAGCAGAUUUAGGCCUCUUUGAUCUCCCCUUUAGUGGACCUAGAUUCACUUGGACAAAUAAAAGAUCUGUAGAUCCUAUUGGGAAGAAAUUAGAUCGAUGCUUGGUGAAUGGAAGUUGGCUAACAAGUUUCCCAAAUAGUCAUUGUACCUUUGAGGCUCCGGAGUUUUCAGAUCAUACACCUUGUCAUAUUCAGCUCAACACUCCUCCUCCUUCUUAUGGUACCAGGCCAUUCAAGUUUUUCUCCCUCUUAACAAAACAUCCGCAGUUUUUGGAUUCAAUGAGGAUAGCUUGGGCUCAGGUUGGAGUUUCAGUCUCUUCUCCUAAAGACUUUUGUUUCAAGCUAAAACAGAUGAAAGGCCCGGUAAAAUCUUUGAUGAGGGAUAAUUUUAGUGAAUUAGAGAAGCGAGUAGUUGAGGCUCAUGCUAAGCUUAAUCCUCUUCAGUUAUUAGCUUUGAAUGAUCCUUCUCCCGUCAAUCUUCAGAAUAAAACUUUAGCAAAGGAAGUAUGGGUGCAUCUUAGUAUUGCGGAGGAAAGCUUUUUUAAGCAGAAGUCUCGUCUCAAGUGGUUGGGCGAGGGUGAUUAUAACACUUCUUUCUUCCAUAAGGUCUUUACGGCCAGAAAUGCUGGGAAUGCCAUAAAGUUCUUGUUGAAACCAGAUGGUUCUGCUACUUCUUCCCUUCAGGAAGUUCAUGAGCUAGUUAUAGAUCUCUUGGCUGGAAUUUUGUGCACAAUCAAAGGACGAUUUUGUUCCCAACUGCCUGAGUUUCUUGAAUCUCUAAUGCAAGCUUCUUGUUCAUUUGCGCAACAAUCUUCUUUGUUUGCUCCUUUCUCUAAUGAAGCAAUUAAGACUUGCCUUUUCAGAAUGCCUACCAGAUGGAUUUUCUGCAGUUUUUUAAGUUGA